UUGCGAACGUUCGGAUUUGUCAAAACAAACAGAAAACAAAACAACAUUUGUUGGUGCAGCAAAAAUUGCUUCCAUAUAAGUAAUUGGCUCGUAAAGAUGUAUGAAAAAUACAUCGUUUAGCGAACGAGAAAGUGCGGGAAAGUUUCAAGUGUCCCGCUCGUGCUAUUUACGCCACUAGUUAAUGUAAAUAGGAUAAGAAAACGAGAAAGAAUGUUUCCGGAAACGUUGGUCUUUGCGCUAGCGCUGCUCAUCACGGGUGCCAUCCUAUUUCUGCUCAUCUACUACCUGAUUAUACUGUCCGAUUUGGAAUGUGAUUAUCUGAACGCACAGGAGUGCUGCUCGAAGCUCAAUUUUUGGUCCAUUCCGAAACUGGCUGCCCAUGGAUUUUUAACCUUUUUGCUGCUCAUUCACGGCAAUUGGAUCCUGUGUCUGUUGAACCUGCCCAUGGUAGGAUGGCUCGUGUGGGAACAGUACCGUGUGCCGGCCGGGAACAUUGGCAUUUACGAUCCGGCCGAAAUCCAUAACCGAGGCAUGGUGAAGAAGCAUCUGCGGGACACCAUGAUAGGAUUGGGCUUUUAUUUAAUCAUUUUCUUCGUCUAUCUCUAUUGUAUGAUAAUCGCCUUGCUGAAGGGUGAUCCGAUUAGACGGCACGAAGAAGAGGAAAUAGUGACGGAAUUCUAAAUACUCAGCCGCAACAGAAGCAUUUCGUACGAGUGUGUGUUGUAGUGAAGUAUCGUAAAGCGCUACGAAUGAUUAUUUUAUUUAUAAACCCAUUUAUAUAGCACCCUUAGCGUGUGAGCAUCUCAAUUGUGGCGAUAGUAAUGCAACAUAGAAUUAGUGAAAUUAUGAUUUCAAAUCAGUCAACUUCCUCUAGCCAAAGAAUACUCACAAGUGUAAGUAAUUUGCGUAAAAUAAAUAUGAAAUAAUUUGCAAAACCGUCUCACAGUACUAA